AGAGAGAGAGACGGAGAGAGAGAGAGAGAGAGUGGGGGGAGAGGGGUAGCCCAGAGAGGGGAUAUAUACAGCCCACCCACCGAGGACAAAGAGAAACACACACUCUCUCCAGCUGACCCUGACUCUUGCUCUGCCUUUCUUUUUCUCAUCGUUCACUGAUCGCCUUCUCAUCUCCCUCCUUCUCUCUCUCUCUUCUCUCUUCAUCUAUACUGGUAAUAUCAUCUUCAUUUCAUAAGAAGGAGCUGUUUUCUACGUCCCUGACAAGUUGAGUUUCAGAGGGGGAGUUAGGGGAGGUGGGCAUGUUGUGUCAUGUUCACGGCCACAGCUGCAGACUGAAAGCCCUGACUGCAGAACCCAACAGAGAACUUCGGAACACCACACUCCAGAUAUCAGAACAUCAGCACCCAACUUCAGAACAUGGAACAGGAAACGAAGAGCGAAGAGCCGAGACCUCAACACAAACAAGAACCCAGUAAGAUGCAGAGCCAGAGGAAAAACAUCCGUGGUGUGGUGGCAAAGUCCAGAGCCAAUCAGAACGGCGGAGAUGAGCAGAGGCCACGCCCCGCUGCGUUGGGAUUGGACGGGGUGGUGUCCAGGAGGGCGGUGUUUGAGCAAUGGGCGGAGUCGCUGAGCGAGGAGCGCCCGAGCACCAAGCGGCAGCUCUCGGCCGAGAGUGUGGCGAAGUGUGUGAGCGUGAGCAAGAGGAGAGACACUGUGGUGCACGCGAACACGCACGCUUCAAAAGCCCUCACACACACCAGCCCUGCCACGAAGCCAGGGAAACCCCUCACACGGCGGAGGUCCCGCAAACAGCUGUUCAACAGCACAGAUGUGUUCCAAAGAGUGGAAACACACGCCAUCAAUGCAGGGAAAGAGCUUCGGGAACAGUGUGUGUUUUCUGCGUCAACCACAGCUCAGUGUGUGACCCAGGGGGCCAGGAAUGAGCUGGAGAAGCUCAGAGCCAUCUGGGUGUGGUUGUGUCACAACAUUGAGUAUGAUUUGGAUGGCUAUCUGGGUGUGAGUCCAAAACUCUGCUCCCCUGAUGAAGUAAUCAAAGAAGGCCGUGCGGUGUGCAGUGGCUACUCAAGCAUUUGCCUGGAGAUGUGCAGGGAGGUUGGCAUCAAAUGCCAGGAGGUGAGCGGCUAUAGUAAAGGCAUAGGGUACCAGACGAGCGGUCGCCGUAGCGAUGAGUCAGACCACAUGUGGAAUGUCGUGUGGCUAGAGGGCCAGUGGUGGCUGCUGGACGCCUGCUGGGGAGCUGGCAGAGUGAACAUGCAGACUAAGACCUUCAUUAGAAACUAUGAUGAUUUUUACUUCCUGACGGAACCCAGUGAAUUCAUUGACACUCACUUCCCCGACCAAUCAGAAUGGCAGCUUCUGGACACGACCCUGAGCUGGGAGGAGUUUGAGAAGAGAGCAAUUACAUCAUCAGCUUUCUACAGCCUGGGCUUAAAACUGAAGCAACACCACAGAGUUACCACGGAUGAUGGAGAAACCAAAGUGUGUAUGAACUUCCCCCGGGCCAUGAGUGUGACCUACGAGCUGCUUCCCCAUGAUGCCCGUACCGAGACAAACACGGCCCGGUGUGCGCAGUCAGAUGCACCGCGCCAGCAGGGAGCUCCAGAGGAAGGGGACUCCAGUGGCUCCUCUGCCCGACUCAGCCUCACCUCUCUGGGCAUGACCCUGCAGCUGAAUCCCCCCGAGGCUGGAUCCUAUGACCUGCGUCUGUUCGCUCGGCCGCUGUCCGAGAGCGCGAAGCACCGCUGGGUGUGUACCGUGGAGGUGGUGUGUCCCGUCGCAGCGGAGAGAGAGGAGGUGCCGGCUAACCCGUUCCAAAGCUGGGGAGUGUGUGUGUGCGCGGGAGAGCUGGGAGUGGAGCGCUGCAGCGCAGGAAGUGAUGUCACAGAGGUGGGCGAGGGCGGCGACUGUGUGUUCACCAUGCACACGUCGCGUCCACUCAUGAUGCUCUGUGAACUCGCGCACACCUCCCUCGACCCUGCCCGGGCCAAACGUUGCCUGGCAACGCAGAUUGGCCCCACCCAGCUGGCGUGUCAUGUGGUCUGUCCUGUGCGUGGCUUCUACAGACUGUCUGUGUUCGUGCGGGACUACAACAACGGUGACGGAAACUUCCAGAAUGUUGGGAACUUCCUGCUGCACUGUCGAAAUGCCAGCGCAGAGCCAGAGAACCUGUUCCCCCCGAAUCUCGGCCCGUGGUGCGGCCCGGGGAUACGAACGCAGCAGGCUGGACUGUCCCAAUUCAGCCACACGGGACCAGUGGUGAGCCUGCCUCAAGGUCGCUGCAACAUCAGCUUCCACAAGGGCUCUCCAGACCUUCAGGUGCAUGCAGGCCUCAGCGCAGAGCUGCACCAGGAGACCACAGUCCCUGGGAGACAGGGCCUCAACACGGAGCUGCGCGAGGAGGCCUUCCCUCUGUCACGUCACCUUCUCCUCACCCAGAUGGACGGGAAGGUGACCGCGAGCGUGUGUGUGCCCCAGCGUGGUGUGUAUCGCCUCUCGCUGUAUGGCCGGACGCCGCCGCAGCAGGACUACUCGCCGCUGUGUGAGUUCGUGCUGAGGAGUGUGUGCGAGGAGCGUGGCGAGCCGUUCCCGUGUGUGUAUUCGGCGUGGGGUCGCGGGUGCGUGCUGCUGGAGCCCCGUGGAGGGGUGCUGGUUGCCGGGCAACAGGUGUCGUUCCGGGUGCGCGUGCCCGGGGCACGGAGUGUGUGUGUGAUAGGAGAGAAACACACAGAGCUGAAGAUGAACAAGAGCCGAGUGUGGGAGGGGCAAGCACACACCGGACACGGCACGCUCACACACAUCAAACUCGCCGCGGCUACCACGGAGACAGACAGCAUGGCCAUCCUCCUGACCUGGGACGUCCACAAUCUCCCCAAUGAACUCUGAGUGUGGUUCCGUGAGCCUGGACAUGAGUGUGAGUGUGGUUCCGUGAGCCUGUACAUGAGUGU